AUGACCAUGUUAAAGCGUUCAGAAGAGACCAUGAGACAAACGUGUGCCAAAAUGCAGCUCAUGGAAAAUAAACCGAAGACUAAAAGAAAAGGUGAGAAGAGGGAUCUGUGCUGUGCUUGGGAAUGUUCUGAUACGGAUGGGGGAAUCAAUGAUAAUGCCUUUCAUCAAUACCAGAAGGCUAAACAGAAAAUUAGGCACAAGUGCAGUUACUUGGACGAAAGGAACAUCAUUUUGUCCCCGCAUUUAUUUGCUCAGCCCACGUCAUGCAUAUCUGGAGCAAAUGAUGCAUCGGAUGACGCAAACUCAAGAUGGAAAGCAUCUCAAAUCAGUAGCGUCCCCACUAAGUCUGCCAGCCCAGACGUGAACAUUACCACUGAGAGACCAAGUGCACCAGACCCGAGCUGUGUACCCAUAAAUCCCAGCGUAUCUACUGAUUCAAUGACCCAGAGACAAAAUACUGUCAGCGAGAACUCACUGCAAGUACAUAUCGUAGAGGUGAACGGGAUUCUGCCAAUGACUGAGUGGAUUCCGGAAUCAUCUCAUGAGCAAAUGACGGAGGAAACCACAUCCUGGAGGUGUGCUGGACUUGUCUCAGCGAACAAUGAAACAAGGAGUCCUGAAGCUCUUUGGAAAAAGGCAUCUGGAAAGAAAAUCGAAUGGUGCCAUGAGCGCCUGGCUAAGGCGGCCCACCUUGGGUCAUCAUCGCCCAUCGCAGCCAGACCCAGAGUGAUGAUCCGGAGACUGGCACGAGGAAGAGGAGGAGAGGUGGCUUUCUUGAACAUUAACAAUAUCGAUCCUCAGUGA